AUGUCUCUUAUCAGACAGGGGUCAACAUUUCUUAUCGGAAGUAAUCAGGGCAACCUGUCAAAUGUUUGGAAUCAGAAAAGCAAACAUGCACCAUAUAACCCUCAAUGCAACGCGAAUACGGAAUGUUUUAAUCAUACAUUAAUUCAAAUAUUAAGUAUGUUUUGCGACUCUAGACAGGAAGAUUGGGAUGUAUUUAUACCGGCCGCGUUAUUUGCGUAUAGAGUAACCAGACAGGAAACGAUUCAGGAAAUGCCAUUUUAUUUGACAUAUGGGAGACGAGCGACGUUGCCAAUAGAUACAGCAUUGUUAGAACCGGAACAAGGGAAUAAAGUACCCCGAGAUUAUGCGGAAUUACUGAAAGAGAAAUUAAAAGUUGCCCAUGAAACUGCUUUAAAAUGCAUUGAAGCUAAUCAAGGAAGAAUGAAAUAUUAUUUUGACCGGCGAGCGAAAGAGAGUACUUUCCAAAUUGGGGACAUUGUUUAUUUGUAUACGCCUAAAACAACGUCGGGGUUGAGUAAAAAAUUGGAACAUCAGUGGCACGGGCCAUAUCGCACGUUUGAAAAAGUAUCUCCCGUGAAUUUCCGAUUGCAACGCGUAUGUGAUGGGAAAAUAUUCAAAAAAUAUAGUGCAUGUGAAUAG